GCCCGGCCCGCGUCCCUCCUCCCGCGGCGGCGGCGGCGCUCCUCCCCGCGGGGCGGGCCGGCGGUGACGCGGCGGAGGUGACGCGCGGGGCGGUGGUACCGGGGCGCUCGGCGCUGUCUCCUUGUCCCCAUCACGGCUCCCGCUCGGCCCCCCCGCGCCGCCAUGUCCGCGCCCGGCAGCGGCGGCGACUUCGGCAACCCGCUCAGGAAGUUCAAGCUCGUCUUCCUGGGCGAGCAGAGCGUUGGGAAGACCUCCCUGAUCACCAGGUUUAUGUAUGACAGUUUUGACAAUACUUACCAGGCAACCAUUGGAAUUGAUUUCCUGUCCAAAACAAUGUACCUGGAGGACCGCACGGUCCGGCUGCAGCUCUGGGACACGGCGGGGCAGGAGCGGUUCCGCAGCCUCAUCCCCAGCUACAUCCGCGACUCCACCAUCGCCGUCGUGGUCUAUGACAUCACAAACUUGAAUUCUUUCCAGCAAACCUCCAAGUGGAUCGAUGACGUCAGGACAGAGCGAGGCAGUGAUGUCAUCAUCAUGUUGGUGGGGAACAAAACCGACCUGGCAGACAAGAGGCAAAUCACCACAGAGGAAGGGGAACAGAGAGCCAAAGAGCUGAAUGUGAUGUUCAUUGAGACCAGUGCAAAGACUGGCUACAAUGUGAAACAGCUUUUCCGCCGUGUGGCUGCUGCCUUACCUGGGAUGGACAGCACACCAGAGAAGAGCAAAGAAGACAUGAUUGACAUCAAACUAGAGAAGCCCCCCGAGCAGCCAGUCACGGAGAGCGGGUGCUCCUGCUAACAGCCCCUGCCAGCAGCACCCCCGCCCGGCCGGGCUCCCGGAGAACAUCCCGCUCAUUGCCACCCCUCUGGGGCUGGAAAACCAUUCCCAAGCGAGUGAAUCCCUGUGUACUGGUGGGGAGCAGCCCCGGCCGCCCCUCUCACUGCAUGGUUUGAGCCCUGAGUGCAGAAUGAGUGUCCUGUCUUUUGAGUUUAUUUUUUUAUGUUGUUGCACUUUGGCACCACGGUGCCCUUCACACUUUCUCUCUCUUUCCUCCCUUUCUCCCCCUGUUCCCACCUGGAGCCUCCCUGCUCAGAUGUAUCUUGUGAAUGCCAUGGAAAAGCUGCCGAGUUAGGGAAGACAAAAAUGAAGCUUUGGGGAGGGGUGGGUUUUCUGCCUUCCCUCCUGCCUUGCAUCCUCCCCCUGCCUUCUCCAGCCCCCUGUCCUGCAUCCCCACUUCCUCUGGAAAAAGGCUGCUCCUUAAACUUAAACCAGUCACUUGGACUUGCCAUUUUGGACUCUGCAGGUUCCCAGGCUUUGCUUCCCGCAGGGCACACACCCCAUGAGCUCCCUGGUUUCUCCUUUCCGUGGAUGAUCCUGGCUAACUCUUGCUCACCACUUCCCAGUUUUGCCCCUCGAGUCACACAGGCCCUGGAAAGCCCCAGACUCUGAGAGCUUUGGCCUUGUUGCUCCCAUUUGUGUGGCAGGGACAUCCCAGAGCCUGCUCCCCUCGGCUGGAAUCUCUUCCCAUCCAGAGGAUGUUGGUGACUGUUGGCUGCAGACGUAGGGGAGGACGAGGAAACAGGCUUUGCAGCCCGAGCUGGGUGGGGAGAGAUCCUCAGGGAUUCUGGAAGCAAACAGUGACCUGGAAUCCAUCACUGCAGGGGCAAUGCCUGUCCUGGGAGUCAUGGAUGCUCCUCAGGCUCCUUCCCUGAUCUUCGUUCUCCUGUUCUUUGUCACUGGAGCUGCUUCAUGCGGAGCAGGAGAGCCACAGCAGAGGGAAGGGCAACAUUCCACUCCCACUGCCAGGUUGCUGCUUGGUGGAAUCGUUCCCAUUGCCUCUGCCCUUGGAGCAGAGCUCUGGGGUGCAACCAGCAGCCAUUUCACUCCUGGGGGAGUUUUAACCUUUGCCAAAGCUGAGGGGAGCAGCGGCAGGGAAUUCCUGUCACAGUGGGUGGAGGAUUGGACGCUGCUGAAGGGAAUUCUGGUGUCACUCCCCAACCUUUGAGGCUGGGGACUGCCUCCUUUCCCCCAGGCCCUGGUUUUGAAUUAAUUCAUAGAGCUUUUCAGAGAUUUCCUGGGGUUUUGGGGUCCACAAAAAGUUGGUUUGUCAGUUGGCAGAAAGGAGAAUUCCGCUGUCCUUUCCCCGCCUGGCCUGUGUGACACGGAGGGUGCUGUGGUAGGACAGUGGCCACGGUGGGGGGGUCAGUGGCACUCCCUCCCCUCCCUUGGCAGGGUGUCCCUCGGUCCCUGACACUCUGUGUGCACCUGAGGAGGGGAAGGGACAGCCCUGGGCUGGGAUGUGGCAGCCCUGGGCUGGCAGCAGCUCCCUGAGGUCCCCAGAGUCCCUUCCCCUGGGGCGAGCUGGCCGCAGGAGGAAGCUGGGAUGCGAGUCCCAUCCCUGCCCCUCGGGAAGCUGAUCCCAUUCCCUGUACAUAGCCCCUUGUGGGAAUUGCUGGUGUCGGUGUCCGUGUCUGUAGAAUGGGUGUUGCUGUCCCUCCUCAGGCAGCUCUGCUGUCCCUUCGUGUUGUUCGAGUCACGGACCGGGGCGGGAGGGGGGAGACCCCAAUUAGGGGCGGGGGGUAAUUAGUGGAAUCCAAUAGUUCCCUUCCCACUGUUUUUCUGGAUGUGUUCCUGCCGUGUGUCCGGCCCUGCUGUCUUGUAGCUGUAGCGAGUUAAGUGUGACUGUAACUCUGAGUAAGGACUGUGUGACACAGCCACAGUGUAUCACUAAAUAAAUAAAGUUAUUUCACCAACA